AUGUCUCCCGACCUUGAGUCAAUUUUUGCCGAGUUGGGAUUGUCCCAGUAUCUUGGUGCAUUCGUUGAGCAAGGUUUCGAUGAGUGGGAUAUCAUUCUUGACAUCCAGGAGUCAGAUCUGCCAACCAGCGAAGAUGCAAAAUCGGAUAGUGUGCAGCCUGAGCCCACUCGGAUGGAACUACCACCCGAAGGACAAGGUGUUGCCAAACGAAAGUAUCGGCGUCACCCUAAGCCUGACGAGAAUGCCCCUGAGAGACCCCCGUCAGCAUAUGUAUUGUUUUCCAACAAAAUUGCAAAACUCGUCGGAGAGAAUUGGCAAAACCUGAAUGCAAGUGAAAAGGAGGCAUACGAAAGCCAAGCAAAUGCCGAUAAGGAGAAGUACCACCGUGACUUGAUGGAAUAUAAGAAAACGGCCGAUUAUCGGAAGUAUAUGCAAUACCUCCACGAGUUCAAAGAGAAGCAGGCCAAACGCACCCAAGUAAAACUGACAUCCCGCCGUUGGCUAGCCGAUGUCUCCAAGAGGACAAAAUUGGAUCCCGUUCGAUUACGACACAGCAGCAGUAGCAGCAGCACCAUGACACCGGGAGGCAAUACUUCGAGCGGCAGUGGUAGUGAGAGGUUGCAGGGGAGCGAGCCACCACCUUGUCGGCGAGAAAGGUUGAAUUCGAUUGCAUCGAUAGCUGAAUCGCAGCACUCGUCGACUACGCCAACUCUGUUAUCCCAGGCAAACUCGAACGACGAGACCAUGUCAUCACCCCAGGCCGCCUAUUUCGAUACUGGAAGUCCACGGGAACUCCAUUACCAAGCUCCUAAACGCCAGCAGUCCUGGCGAGAAGGAAGUCGAGGGGUAGAAGUUUCACAUCAGCAUCUACCCUCGUUGUCCAACAUGCUCGAAGAUGGAAGGCAAGGGAUGCCAAUUGCAUCCGGGUCGGAAGGUAACCCCUAUUCGAGUGGUUUUGUUGCCGCGAACCACCCUAGGUCGGUACCCGAAGUCCCCAACGUGCUUCCGUCCGCGCCGCCCAAGCCCCCCCUGCUCCGGCACGAACCGUCUUCCAGCAGCAGUAUUGGUUCAGUGAGUCCAGCAGGGGCCUUUGCACGGACUCCCGGCGAAGGACCGCUCCCAAUCCACGCUCUUCUUUCCCACCACCAGACGCUGCCGACACCAGUUGUUGCUGCCAAUGCGGCCAUGUUCGAACGGGGUUCUCCUGUUUCCGGGUUAGGUACUGGUACGACGACCCCGAGCCCAACAGACCCUGUGCCGCUCGCAAGGCCAUAUUUUGGCCACGGCGUUGUGCCCAGGGGAUAUGGCUCUCAACCAUUGCCACCCACUGGCCCUUCAGCCAGGAACGACGAAUACAUGGUGGACAGCGAUUUGCCAAUGACGCCGGCACCUGAUCUGAUGGCCCCAAUGGAGGAUCGGUCCUUCAAGACUCGUCUCGAUGGCAUGAGCGUCUUGCUAAGAGCUGGUGAGCUUGUCGAAAAGCACGAACGACACGAACGACGAUGA